CCCUCCUGCCGCCUGCCCCCGCCAUGGGUCGACAGAAGGAACUGGUGUCCCGCUGCGGGGAGAUGCUCCACAUCCGCUACCGGCUGCUUCGCCAGGCGCUGGCCGAGUGCCUGGGGACCCUCAUCCUCGUGAUGUUUGGCUGUGGCUCCGUGGCCCAGGUUGUGCUCAGCCGGGGCACCCACGGUGGUUUCCUCACCAUCAACCUGGCCUUCGGCUUUGCUGUCACUCUGGGCAUCCUCAUCGCUGGCCAGGUCUCCGGGGCCCACCUAAACCCGGCUGUGACCUUUGCCAUGUGCUUUUUGGCACGUGAGCCCUGGAUCAAGCUGCCCAUCUACACCCUGGCUCAGACGCUGGGAGCCUUCUUGGGUGCUGGGAUCAUUUUUGGACUGUAUUAUGAUGCAAUCUGGAGUUUCGCUGACAACCAGCUUGUAGUCUCGGGCCCCAAUGGCACAGCUGGCAUCUUUGCCACCUACCCCUCUGGACACUUGGACAUGGUCAAUGGCUUCUUCGACCAGUUCAUAGGCACAGCCGCCCUCAUUGUGUGUGUGCUGGCCAUUGUUGACCCUUACAACAACCCUGUCCCCCGUGGUCUGGAGGCCUUCACUGUGGGCCUGGUGGUCCUGGUCAUUGGCACCUCCAUGGGCUUCAACUCUGGCUACGCUGUCAACCCUGCCCGGGACUUUGGCCCCCGCCUUUUCACUGCCAUCGCUGGCUGGGGCUCUGAAGUCUUCACGACCGGCCGGUACUGGUGGUGGGUGCCCAUUAUCUCUCCACUCCUGGGCUCCAUUGCAGGUGUCUUUGUGUACCAGAUCAUGAUCGGCUGCCACCUAGAGCAGCCCCCACCCUCCACAGAGCAGGAGAAUGUGAAACUGGCCCAUGUGAAGCACAAGGAGCAGAUGUGAGUGGGCAGGGGUCAUCCCCCCACUGCCCUCGGCCUUGAGCAUACGCUGACUGUGUAGGGGCCACUCCCUAGAAGCCCUCUUCAGGAUCCCCCACCCAGGCUAAGAAGCUCCCUAUCUACCCUCACCCCACUGGACAGCCCCCUGCAGGAUUUCCACUGGACCCUGCCCAUAGUGGACCUUAGGCCACUGCCCUUAAGUGGGACAUGGAAUAGGGCCAGUACAUCCUUUUUUCUCCCAAAAGGAGGGAAUGGGCAGCAGGCAUGUGUGUGUGUUAUGUGUGUGCACAUGUGUGCAUGUGCAAAUGUGUGCAGAUAUUCAGGGAAGAUAUUUGCCCAGAUAUUUAGAGCAAGGGACCAAGCAGAAAGGAUUCUAGCUGUGGGGGAAGCCCAGAGAAGGAGGUAGGUGACGUAUUCAUCUGUGAGUGAGGGAAGUGUCAGGGUGUGCAUGUUUCAGGGGCUCCGUAUGCAGGAAGGUCCAGAUAUACGUGUUUCUGAGCGAGUGUGUGUGCGUGUGCACCCUUUUCUCUAAGCGGGCGCUUCUAUAGGCUUUUGGUAGUUAGGGUGGACAUGGGUAGGGCCGGAGGGAGGGGCUGCAGCUCAGGUGUGGAGCGCUGGUUAUACCUAAGAGCUGUGAAACAUGCUUCUGUCAUAAUGUAAGCAUGAGGGGGUGGGUAAAGUCCAGGUCGUAAGUUUCAUGUUUGCUUUGUUUUUUGUUUUGUUUUGUUUUGUUUUUGUUUUAAAAAAUAUCUGUAACAUAUGUUACAGUCUUAGGGAUAGGGGUUGGAAGACCUCACUUUAAAGAGUCCUCACUCCUUUAAUCCUACACUCAACAAUGUACUCUUUUGUCUUUUAUAAAAAAACAAUAAAAUGUAUGCCCAAAA